CAUUUAAGCUGAAGAUUCUUUCAAAAUGUAAGUACCUCUGCCAGUUCACCCAGCUUGGUCUGUGUAGCAAAGGAAAAAGAAACAAAUCCCUGAAAUGAGCUAGGAGAUCCUGAAGAUCUGUCGCUUUCAAAUUUCUCCAGAUUAGGCACUGUUUUUUUUUAUGGGAAGCUGAUGGUCUCAGGCUGAAGCGACAUCACUUACUGGGACUGGUCACUAGUGGCAUCUUUCUGCUCCUUCCACUGGAAGCCCUUGGGAUUCCUGCAAAAAGAAUCAGGAGGCCUGUUAGAAAUCCAGAGCAGCGCCAUGGAGGCCUGGAAAGAGCUGGUAGACAGGGGCAUGCAGCUUCAGAAGAAAAAGAACCAACUACAGAAGCAGGAGGAGAGGCUGAGGCAGGGAGAUCUGAACCUAAGGGACCAAGGCCAACGGCAGAGGGAAGAUGAACAGCGGACACGGGACCUGGAACAGCACCUGACGAAUCUGAACCUGCGCAGGCAGGAGCCCUUCUCUCAGGGCUUGAAGGUGAUGAAGAAGAUUUCAGAAGAGAUCAGGCAAUGCCUGGAGAAUUUCUGGCUGGAGCUGGACAAGAGCCAACAGCAGUGGGAGCUGGAAUGCCGCCAGUGGGAAGAGGAGCGCCAGCGCUGGGAGGAAGACUGGCACUUGAAGGAAAUGGAAUACAGCUCCAAUCAGAGAUGGAAACCAGAUGUGGACUUCCAGAUUUCCAAAUAAAAGAUGAAGAUGGUGAACAAGAAGAAAGCAGCACCUGACCAAACUUUGUGGGAAGCCAACACACCUCAAUGUCAGUCUGGAGUUUUUCUGCAACAUCUUCAGAUUCUUUUUAUUUUACCCCACUGCACAGGAGAAAGGAGAAGAUGAGAAUUUUAAUUCAGACAAAGCCGGGAGGAUUUUGACCAAUGAGAAGAAUCAUCAAGAACCCUACAUCUAGUCCUGUCUCCUACACCGGAGAUCCACGAUGUCAGCCGUCACCAGCAAGUGAAGAAGACAAAGUUGAGAGCAACGUUUUUGUACCUGCCAUUAAAUGGGGUUGCCCAGUCAACUCAACUCUCGCUGCAGUUUUUGUCUUUCAGAAAUCCCAUAAUAUAUUUUGUUAGUAAGAAUUUCAUUGUACUUUGUGCAGGUACAAGUGACAAUAAAUAGGAACUUGAAUAACCAACUGUGUG